UUUUUCAGCCAGUGCGAGGCACACACUACUGACAGUCAACAACUUCUCAAUGAAUUGAAGUGCAUCGCUUAUAGCCCGUGUAACGGGAGACUGGCGAGGGACAAGUGCAUUCAAUUGCAUGAUCUUUUGUCAGUGGUGUUGUCAGAAGUGAGGUUUUUUGAGGUAAAACUUGACGAGUAUGCCCCAGCUGUACCAUUAUCUAGAACAUUGUCUACACGAUACUAU